AGCACAAUAAGAGCGGCCAUCUUUACCCGCAGCAACAACUGCUACUCCAGUAAAGAAAGAAAAUAAAUGCCCUGUCGCAAUUCUGUUGUAUUCUACAUGUGUCAUCAAAGGGAACACGUUUAAAUUGUGAGCCAAACAAGCGGCAUCAUGACCUAGUGAUCUUUGUAAGGAGCGCUGUGGCUCAAAGCAUCCUCUCUUUUGACAGAGUGUAGUCAUCUGUACCGCUGUGGUAGGUUCCCUCGGAGAGACCCUUGCCUCUCCCCCUCAGAAAAUAUGGAGCCCCAGGAGAGUUUGGGAGUGGAGGGUGACUCGGGCGCACUGGGCGGGCUAGUGCCUAGCCCACGGAGCGAAGCAGUGACCCAUGACCUGGAGGAAUUGUCUCUGCAGCCCUCUCAGAGCCUUCCACCCAUUAAAGAGCGCAAGAACGUGCUUCAGUUAAGACUACAGCAGAGGCGCACACGCGAGCAGCUCGCAGACCAGGGCAUCAUGCCACCGCUGAAGACACCUGCAGCUUUUCACGGGCAGGUCAGAAGUCUGGAGAGGGCAAGAACUGAGAACUUCCUGAAGCAUAAAAUCCACAGGAGACCUGACCGUGCUGAACUUGUUCGUAUGCACAUUUUACAAGAAACCCAUGCAGAGGCUUCUUUGCAAGCCACUCAGAUGAAACUAAAGAGGGCGCGUCUAGCAGAUGACCUCAAUGAGAAGAUUUCACAGAGGCCUGGACCAAUGGAACUGGUGGAGAAGAACAUUCUGCCUGUUGACGUUGUUGGAGAACUGGAUGUUUAUAACUUCAAUGAGGACAGCAGUGAAGCCCUGUCUCCAGAGCAGCCAGCUAGUCAUGAGUCUCAAGGCUCUGUAUCUUCUCCUGUAGAAGCCAGACUGCCAGAACCAUCCUCUGUUUCACCUCCAACUGGCUCCAAACUCCAGAGUCCAGACUUCUUGAAUAGAACAUCAGUAGAAGAUGGCCGAGUAAUGAUUUCAACUCAGACAGUCACUGCUGCUGCUCCCACAAAGCCUGGACCCACCCUUGUGAAGCAAAGCCAGCCCAAACAGUCCAGUGACAAGAGCCGAAGCAAGAGGAGUAAAGAACCUAAACCACGAAUUAAGAAGCUCAAGUAUCACCAGUACAUUCCACCCGACCAGAAGCAGGAACCCAGUGAAGCCCCAAUGGACUCGACAUAUGCCAAGCUGCUUCAGCAACAGCAGCAGUUCCUGCAGCUCCAGAUCCUCAGUCAGCAGCAUCAGCAGUACAGUUACCAGGCCAUAUUACCAGCACCUCUCAAGCCAGUAGCUGAGAGUCAAAACAGCUGCCCCAACAUCACAUUGAGCACCAGCCCGAGUCUUCCAGCUCCCAUUGUGAUAUCUCUGCCCAAUGCGGCUCCUUCACGUCCCAAUAACACCGUCGUGACCGGUCGUAAAACCGGUGCUCUGCCUACCAACCUAGAUGAGAUGAAGGUGGCUGAGCUUAAGAUGGAGUUGAAAUUGCGAGGACUUCCUGUAUCCGGCACCAAAACCGAUCUCAUAGAACGGCUUAAGGCCCACCAGGGGAGCUCUCAAGUUGCUACAACCAUAGAUACGAACAUCUCCAAAGCUUCUCUGCAGCCUGACAGCAUGAGCACAACUCCACCUGUUUCUCCUGAGGCCUCCAACAUCAGUAUGGAGGACAGCAGAGACAGUCCCACCAAAGCUCUAUUUACAUUGUCUCCAGCCCGUCCACCAACAGGCACCUCACCCCACAAACCCACGACUGAAGACAUGACCAUGGACAUCAAGGUCUCCAAAAAAGACCAGCGCCUUCAUGAGAAGGAGCGCCAGAUUGAGGAACUCAUGCGUAAGCUGGAGCAGGAGCAGCGGCUGGUGGAGGAGCUGAAGAUGCAGCUGGAGGUGGAGAAGAGGAGUCAGCAGGGCGGAGGGCAGCAGCCUGAACUCAAUCCAUCAGUCCAGGUCAAAGAGGAGAAUGGAGCCUCCCCGAGCUGCAACUCCAAGCAGAGUCCCCUUCUGCAAACUACUGGUGUGAAACAGGAAGAGCCACAUGCCCAGCGGCACCACACCCAAGUCCAGCAGUUCUAUAUCAACACCCAGCAAGUCCCUCAAGUGCUGCAUCAGCAGACACUGAUCAACACUCAGCCUGCCGCACAAAUCCUGCUGCCCAUCAGCCUGCCCAACAAUCCCAUCAGCACACAGGCACAGACCGUUCUCCAACAUACAAUGCCCAAUUUGGCUCAAAGCAUGAUACAAACACCACUUCUGCAAACACAGACGUCCAACAACACAAUGUUACAACAGCAUUCAAAUCAGACGGCAUCUCCACCUCAAGCUUUACCCCUGUGUGGAAGCUCAUCUUCUGGGUUUGAGUACAGACAGAACCAGAGCCAGCCCAUGGCAGAAAUGCCCCAGUGCUUCCUCAACAACUCCGCCAGACACACAAAUGGACCUAGUAACAAACCUCCCUCGCCCUGUCAGCUCAACUAUAUCCUUCAUCCAUCGAAUCACCGCAGCCCAAAGAGCAAAGACCCACCCCGCUACGAGGAGGCUGUCAAACAGACCAGAGGUCUACAAGCUACAAUGGAGGUUCCUACUGCUACCAGUCAGCACAUGGACGAUUUGUUUGACGUUUUGAUCGAGAGUGGCGAAAUAUCCCCUCUAUCCAGGCAGGAUCCUUCUCUGGACAAAUUUCUUCCAGUGACAGCAAACAUCACCACCCUGCCCAUCAACACAGUGCUGUCUCGUCCUCCACCGCAGAUACAUGUUGCCCGCACGCCCAACCAAACCCAAGCGCCUCCACCCAACAUGGUAGCCCUGGCCUCUGAUAACCAGUUGGAGGCCCUGCUGGAGGACGCUGAGCCACGGACCCUGAGACUGAUGGAGGAGCUUAAAAACCAGCUGCUGGAGCGGUCCCACUCCCCAAUGGACACUUCGGAUCUGACCUUCACCGACACGCCGCCUUCUGCCCUCCCUCUGCAUGACACAGGCCUCGACAACAUGGAGUGGUUGGACCUUACGAUUCCAGGUCCUGCUGGUAUCUCCUCACCAACUGCAGUCUUUUCCUCUGAUUUCUUGGACUCCACUGAUUUACAGUUACACUGGGACUGAGCUCUCAAAGGGAUGGAGAAUGGAGACGUACUGAAAAGAUUUGCGGAUGGUUCCAAGGAACUGUGUACAGACCACUGAUAGCGUAGUGUCAGCUUUUCUCAGUUGCACCUUUACGAGCAGGUUUGUGUGCUGUUAUUGUCACCAACACCUCUUUCAAAGCAGAAGUAGAAUGUAGAGACACUUUUUCCACCUGUAUAUAUAGGCAGUGAGCUUCUGCUUUUCAUAUUUUGAAGCAGUCUUUGAAACUGCUGGCUUAUAUUAUAGAGAAUGUUAGAAUGUUGUUUUUUGUUAGAUUCUGAUAAGUAUAAUUUCUUACAGAACAUAUUUUAAAUGUAUCAUAUAUUUUGGGGAAAGCAAGGAUUAUAAGUACAAUCAUAGUGCCUUUUCCAGAAACUCUUUUAGAGUUAAAGGGAUAGUAAGUUCAAAAAGCAUUGCCCUCAUUCCAAGCUCGUGUCUUUCUUUCUUUCUGAACUCAAAAGAAAAUGUUUUAGAUCUUGUUCAGCUGGGGUUUUUUCCAUUGGGAUCCAAAACUUUCAAACUCCAAAAAGGCCAUAAGGUAGCAUAAAAUGAAUCCAUAUGACUUGACUGGUAAAUUCAAAGCUUUCUGAAGCAGCACAAUUACAUUUUAUGAUAAACAGAUCAAACUUUAUUUACUCAAAGUCUUUUAACUCUCAAACCAUACCAGAACAUCAAUCAGUGCAAACAGAGAUGAAGUU